UAUACUCUUCUUCCUUCUCGUUUCUCACUUCUCCUCCCAAACCCCAGUGACAAAAACCCUAGCAUUUUGCAUCUAAACCUCACACCAGAUCUAGGGUUUGGGUCUCAAACCCAAUCAAUCGCCAUGACCUUCAAGCGAAGAAACGGUGGCCGAAACAAGCACGGUCGUGGUCACGUCAAAUUCAUUCGCUGCUCUAACUGCGGCAAAUGCUGCCCCAAGGACAAAUCUAUCAAGAGGUUUCUGGUGAGGAAUAUCGUGGAGCAAGCUGCUGUUAGAGAUGUCCAGGAGGCUUGUGUUUUUGAUGGGUACACUCUCCCAAAGCUUUACGUGAAGAUGCAGUAUUGUGUUUCAUGCGCAAUCCAUUCUCAUGUUGUGAGGGUCCGAUCUCGUACAGAUAGGAGGAAACGUGACCCCCCACAGCGGUUUAGACGCAGGGAGGAUAACCAAAGGCCUGGUGCCCCUGGUCAAGGACCACGCCCUGCUGGAGCACCAGUUGCUGCUCGUACUUGAGAAUCAGUACAAUGUGCUUUGCUCUGAGGCUUUUGAUAUCAACAGCUGCCCAUCUUUUUUGCACGUUAGCUAUGAACCUAUUUUUUGACUGUGAUUGUGGCUUACACCUAUUUUAGUAUUACAUGAUUUCUUUGAGGCUUUGAGGGGCGACAGCUGAUGCAGAACCCUUAAGUUUCUUAUGGAGUAAUAUUGUCAUUAAUUAUCAUUAGACUUUAACUUUUUCUUCAUUAUAGAUUGCUGCUGAAGUUCUGUUUUGAUGUGCAAAA